AUGGCUAAAGUGAGGGCGCGAGAGCUUCGCGGUAAACGCAAAGACGAACUUCUUAAACAACUUGAUGAGUUACGGCAGGAACUCGCUUCACUGCGGGUCGCGAAGGUUACUGGCGGUGCAGCUUCGAAGCUUUCCAAGAUAAAAGUUGUGAGGAAGUCGAUUGCUCGUGUCUUGACGGUCAUAAACCAGACUCAGAAAGAGCAGCUCCGAAAAUUCUAUGCGAAUGCUAAAUACAAGCCACUUGAUUUGCGCCCAAAAAAGACCCGUGCUCUCAGAAGAGCUCUGACCAAGCGCGAACUUUCCAUCAGAACUAAGCGACAGCGAAGGUUGGCGCGCCGUUGGCCGAUGAGAAAAUACGCAGUUAAAGCAUGA